CUGACGUCAUCACGCAUCGUUUCCAAACAAUUCUCAGGAAAGAAGCCACGUUGACGUUCCAGGCUGAAGUGUUAGUCCACAAUCUGAGGCAGAAUAAAGCAGGAAAUUAGCCUUUUUGUCAGACGCUCUGCUUCCUUCUUCUCGCUGCAGAUCACCACAAAUCAGUGCAGACAUGUCGUCACCGCCGAAGGAGAAAGUGGAAACAAAAGGAGGACAUCUGCCUGCAGUAAAAGCAGGAGGUAUGAGGAUAGUGCAGAAGCACCAGCAGGCUGUUCCUGCUCCAGAACCACCGCCGAAAGAUGAGGAGGAGGACGAGGAGGAGUACGUCAGCACCAGUCCACCAAAGGUCCCCGUGAUUGUGUCUGGAGUGGUGACAAAGGGUGAUAAAGACUUCACCCCCGCAGCGGCCCAGGUGGCUCAUCAGAAGCCCCAGCCCGGUGUCUCCAAGCUGCCCUCCGCCCAGCAAAUCAACCAGCACAUCCACCAGCCCCGCAAGUGAACUUUGGCGGGCGAGCUACAACGGCUACGCUAACUCCACCAGCCGGCCUUCCCCCAAUGGAACACAAUAAGGAUGAAGACGUUUCCCCAACAGGCACACAGGUCUCCUCUAAGUAAUCAGAGUAGUUUUUGUUAGCCUGUCGCAUUACAUGUAUGAGGAAUUUAUCAGGAACAAGACACCCAACGCCAAUACAUAGCCAUUUUAGAAGUCCCACUGGUUACACCCCUGCUGCACUAUUAGUCCUGCACUUUUGUGUCCUUGUUGUAUAGUCUUAAGGGUGGUGUGCAUGGGGCUUCUAAAAUGGCUAUCAGUCUAGCAUUAAACAUUAAUAGAGAAAUCUGAGUCUGUGGAAGGAGGGACGGGGGGAACUCUCACCCCAGACGACCAAUACCACAUCACAGCAACCAGCCAAUCACAGCAAACCUAUCAAUCAGGCCCAGCUAACCAACCAAUCACCUCACAGUGAUGAGCCCUAAGCUCCAGCCUUCUACCUAUGAUCUUCACAGACCAAAAGAACCAAUCAGCAAGGUGGACACCACAUUAUAUCAACACAAAACCAAAAAAGGAACACAGAGAGCAGCUUCUGAAAUGCAAAAACUCAGUUCGACGUGUGUUAUCACUGAGACUGCUGCCAAAUUGCACGUACAGCAUGGACCAGAGAUUUAAAGUAGACUAAUUACACAACAGCAUUAACCAAUUACUACCAAAUGCUGAGGUUAGCGGCAACUUUGACAAGCAAUCCAAUUUGGCCAUUUCAAUAUUAUAGAUGCCCCAAUAAGAAGGAGAACCCAUUUCUUUAUAAUGAUGGCUGUCAUUACCCAAAGGAGCUACUUGAUGCAUGCCGUUAGUGCCAUGACUCAAGAUGCCUAGCUACGGUUAUAAAGCAUUUUGGGUCAUAGCAAAAUCUGUUUAAGCUUUUGCUACAGUUUACUCCGGUGUCACUGUUCUUACCUUUUAUUUAACAGAGAGGAGUCUUACUGAUCUCUGAUCUACUCUCCUACUUUUACCCGCCUUGUUGGAGCUCUAAUAAUGUCUAUUCUUUCCCUGGCAAUGUUAAUUUGAAAAAAAUCUCCCAUCAGUGCCUCAUUGCUUAGAUUUCAGGAUUUUUUUUUUUUUUUUUUUUUGCCUCAUUUGACUCUCAUGGAUUAACAUUUUUAAUCUGCUACGCAACCAACCGGAAUGAAAUUAUACCAAAAAAAAAUGUAAUGAAAUCUAAAGGGACAGUGAAGCAGCUGUGUUUACAUCACAGUGCCAAGUAAAAAAGCAUUACAGAGAAGUAGUUCAGAAAAUAGUGAGGCUCUUAACUGUGAGAUGAAGGUAUAACGAGGCAAUCGCCGUGCAAAAAAACAUUCCGUAGAAAAGUGUUUGAACAAAUAUGUUGACUAUAUGUGACAGUUUGCCAGUGUACAAGGACAAUUUAUUCACUUCUGCUUGCCGGGAUAUCUGCAGGUAUAUAUGGCUCGUUGCAUAUCAGCCCCCCUUAAAACAAUAUCGAUACACACAGACAACACAGCACCCUUCUCCUUAAUCACCCAUCCCCUUACACACAAGUGUCAUUUGUUGCAACACUAAUGUUCAGGUUUUCCAGGAAAAGAACGAAUGAAAUUUAUCAUGCCAAGAAGGAAUGAUUUCCUGUGUUAAUUUAAUUAAAGUUUAAAAGAGUUUUAUUUUGUUUUUCUUUUUUUUUUCUUGAGUAAAUUGUUCAAAUUGUACAAAAUCUAUAGUCAUUGAGUGGACUUAGGUAUAAGGUGUGGUUGUCAUAAUAAAUAAAGAUAUAGUCUAUCUUGAAAAA